AAACAGUUUUGAUCAUAAAAACAUGUUUUAUGAAUGUUUUUUUUAUUUUGUUAAAAUUUUUCUCGUUUGAAAUAAACCAAACCACUUUGAUCACAAAAACAUUUAAAAUGCACUUCCUUUUAUUAUAAUAUAAGCGAGAUUGCAUAAAACUCUCUAUCUCUUUCUCUCUCUCUCUCUCUCUCUCUCUCUCUCUCUCUCUCUCUCUCUUUGGGCGGAGGAGAUAUUUUAUGGACUUAAUGCUGACAAUACAAUUGCCCUUCAGCGCGAAUGCUUUUCCAUUUUGUACCAUAAAGAAUAUUAUUUUCCUGCCAGCCAAUUUUCUCCGUUAGUCCCUAAUUGGCUCCAUAAAUCUGGUGGCGUGGAGGGUGAGGAAUGUUUCGGUGUCGCAGAGUGUAAUCCUCACCCUUAUUUACCAAUUCAUUAAGAUUCAUUGAUGCACGAUCGGGUGAGAGGAAAUGACAGCAUAAAUCAGGGUUCCAACAUAAUGACCCUAAUCAGCUGGGAAUUGCAGAAAAUGGCAUGAUGAACUAUGUCCUUGCGUUAGUGCCCACUGUACGUUGUCAUUGCGCUUGCUUUAUGGGUGGGAUGCAUCUCUUUGACACAGACUGUAUUUAACACAAAAAAAGAGUUGUUAAAAAGCCGCUUCCAUUAAUGCGCUCUACGGUUUCACGCAAGGUCUUUUGCUGUUUAGCCCCAGCAUGCCCUUUACCUUUGGUUUAACUGCUUAAUGGGAGACGGGGGACUCGACCCUUUCUUUUUAACCCAUUUCGCGUAUUAAAACAUCUCUCUGUGUGUCUCAACGGGUUCUUGUUGUCUGGAGCUUUUAGCGUAAUGACACGCCUACAUGGCGCUAUCGAAGGUUUAUGAUACUGGUACGGCAGAAGGGCCGCCAUAUGUCUGCUCAUUUCGUCACAAACAUUUUGAAGUAAACAAAAAGAUAGGUAUUUCAUUUUAGGAAAUAACUCUACAAUUUGGCAACAGAACCUCACAGCUGUGCAAUAUUUCUCUCUCGAUAUUGGCUAUGCACGCAGGACAGAAACGAUACAGAGCGAUGUUGUGGUUGAUAUCUGUGGUAAAGAAUCUUGGUUGUAUAAUACCGGGGGUCAUGUGAUCUCUUAAAUGUUGCACACUAGUCAAACGGGGUUCCCCUAAGGGUUUUGCAUUUGUUCACAAGACGCAAGCUGUGACACCAAAGGGACUUGAAAUUAGGCUCUGUGCAUGCACGGUCCCAAACCUGCUGAGAUCUUCAGCAUGGUAAUGCCUGAUAAACAAGACACUUGCUACUCGAACUAAACCGACAUUCGCACGCUAGUUAGAACCAGUGAUAAAAAUGUGACGCCAUUUGUGGUCAUUUUUUGUGAUUUAGUGAUGAUAAAUCCCUAGAAAUCAUGCAGCAUUGUGGGUGACUGAGUAGUUUGUCUAAGCAGUUUUGUGCAUGGUGACUGAAUAUGCAGUAAGAAUGCAAAUUUUUGCUUCCAGUCAACAAUGCAAUUGUGUAUUAUGUACACAUAUAGAAUAGAGAGUAGGAAGAAAGAGGAACUUUUAAUUGUCAGUGGUCAUGUUAACAAACACAUUUUUACAUUGAUAUAAAUAUGCACUGAAGGUACUUGUGGUUGCUGUAAGAGCUUUUGGUAAUAUUGCUCUCUGAGUAGAGCCUAAAGUCUUUGUUUACUUAAAAAAAUCAAUUAUUUAUUAUCCCUCAUCUCAUUCAAAACCUGUACAUGACUCUUAAUUCUUUGGAACACGGAAGAAGAUAUUUUGAGAAAUGUCACUAUGGUUUUGUGUCCACACUGUGGAAGUCAACGGGGGCCAAUGUUGUUUGGUUACAUGUUCUUUAAAAUAUCUUUUGUGUUCUACAGAGGAAAGUCAUAAGGUGAAAUGACUAGAGGGUUUAACAUUAAAAUAAUUCAUUUGUUGGCGAAAUACCCUUUUAAAACAAAUAGCUGGUUGCUUUCCUUUUCCCUUGUGUUUAUGCUGUAUAUGAAAAUUACUGAAUAAAUAACACAAUAGUUAACACAAAUAGUAUAGAACUUGCAAUAAUUCUUGUGAUUUCAACUGCAAAGGCAUGCGUUGGCCAAUAACAUUAUGCAUUUGGCAACCACUUUUAUCCAAAGCAGCUUCCAACCUAUUCAGGCUUUUAUUUAGACAUUUUAUCUCUGGACAUCAAAUCGAUGACCUUGAUGUUGCCACUGCAAUACCCUCCCAGUUACGCUACGGGAAAGCAUUUAUUUUAGGUUCUUUAACAAUAAGCUACCAAUCAAUAUUAGGACACCUGUCCAUGCCGACCAAAGGUUCUUAAAGAAAUAUAGUUCUGUGUUUCUGUAGCUCAAUUGGUAGCAGCGCAGAGGUCAUGGGUUUGAUUCUUCAGAGAGCACACACACUACUAAUAUGUUUAGCUUGAAUGCACGAAGUUGUUUUGGAUUAAAGCAUCUUCCAAAUGUAUGUAAAAACUUUGGAAAGAUGUCUGGAUAGUGAUUGGUGGAGAAUCGGUCAUUAACCUAAAACAAACGUUUUUCUAUUUGUUUAAAUAGUCGGAUGACAAGCACGAGUAGAAAUAUCCCAUGCAGUCUUUUAAUUAAUACGAGGUCAUAAAAACAGCGUUCAUAAUAAUUAUACAAGAAUUAGGAAAGUGUCAUUUAAAUAGUUUCAUUGAGGUAUAGCAUGUCGCUCCGCAGGAAACCGUUCGCACUGCUUGAUGUGUCAUAUCGACCACCCGCAUAUUUACAGUAAUUGUCUCGCCGAGCACUUUCUCAAAAUGAUGUUGCAAAUCAGGUGUUGGGUAUCCGAGAUUCUUCUGCUUUAGUUAUGUUGUUGAUUUUUCCAUUAAUGCCAAUUGACUCUAUGGCAGUGCAACUGGGUAAUUUACCCCCAAGACAAUGUUUCUAAUAAUACAAGCCCUCUCAUGGUUUAGACUGGAAAUAUUAAUUAGACAAAGUUCGCCGGGGCUAAACUCCCCGUCCCACAAACACACGGUUGACACAUUUCCUCAACGCAAGCGUCCACAUCUCUCUGCCCAUGGGAGAGCUCCUUGCACGAGUUUCUAGUAACAAUGAUUAAAAAUAUAUGACACACUUUUAAAUAAUAUUAAAACAAUAUGCACUUUGGCCAGUCCCAGUGGAUGCAGGAGAUUGAAUGCCUUGUUUUCUUAGCGGAGUGCGUGCGGGUGUUUGACAGCUCUAAUUUGUCCGUUGUGCUGUGGGGCUUUUUGAGUGAAAGCCGACUUCCCCGCGGCUCGACGCCUCGCGUGAACACGGCGAGACCCCGCUCGCUGUUACUGACUCCUCGCUAGCGCGCUAAUCAUCACGAGCUGUCCGCGAACAAAUCCUUCAAUGUCGCUUGAAGGAGAGUCGCUCAGGAAUUUGCCGUAAACCACUUCUGACUGUAGCUCCAUAUCCCAAAAUGGGCCUUUCUAUCCUGGUGCAUUAAAACUCAUUAGACUUUUUCUUAUUUACGUGGGUCUCUGUUGGCUGUUAUGCUAAAAAUACCAUGGCCUGCCUUACUUUUGUGCGUUCUGUCAUUGUUUCGGCUCAACGUGGCCUUUAGCGGCAAGCAGACUAUCCGGAGAAGACAAAUCGUUUGUGUACCUUUUUGAAUUAAACAUCUUUUUAGCCUCUCCGCUGGAGUUCUCUUCCUUUUAAAAGCAUUAACUGUUCAUUCAUUCUACUCAGUAGUGUGAAAAUGGGUACAUUUUUAUGUGCGACGAUGGUCUGGUGAAAUGUUUUAGUCUGGAUUUUACACAUUAAAGUGUUUAUCUUCCACUUAAUUUGUGAUUAAUAUGUGUUUAGCAAUCUGUAUCUAUUGUUUUUGCUCUCUUUAUAGUGAGGGUCAAGCGAUUUGGAAAGUUAAAUGAAACAAGAGCGUGCGGAAGACACGAAGUUGAAAAGGAAAGUGCGCAAGAGAGUUUCUUAAAAAGUUGAGGCUUUACAACACUCAUUUUUUUCAUCAUCGAUUCACCCUGGCAUGGCUCUAAUGACACAAUUAUGGCUGUGAAACAUUGUCUUCUUUGCUACUUUUAAGGAUUUUUGGUAAAUUUCAGAGCUUGUCAGCCAGUGGUCCCCAUCCACUUGUAUGAAAUGCAUGGCAAAGCUUAGUUUGGACAUUCUGUUAAAUCAUACAGGCUUCAAAUCAUAUAAAAGUAUGUUUAUUUUGAGGUGAAUUUAGGGGACCUUUGAGUGAGAUUUGAGUGUGCGGUGAAUGAAGUUUACUUAAAGUAAAAUGAAACUUGAGAUGGUGUUACAAAAUUGUUGAAGUUAAACAAACUUUCGCAGUGUCUGUCUGUCUGUGUAAAAUAUUACGGAGGGUCAUUGGCAGAUCACGGGAUCUGCAUCUCCAGAGCGUUGCUGAAACUUUCACAGACUUCAAUUUUACAUUAACAAAGAUCUCCUGUACCAGAGUACACCAUUUAGGAUUUUACCAUGUUUUACAUAUGUUACCAUAUCUUACGUUUAAAUUCUCCUAGUUGAUUGUUGCGAAAAUGCUUUUCUUAAAGAAACAGUUCACCCAAAAAUGAAAAUGAUGUCUUCAUUUGAUAGAUCCAAAUCAGUAUAAUUCUUAUUCUGAUGAAAACAGAGAAAGAUAUUUGGAAGAAUGUUUUUAACCAAACAGUUCUGACCACCAUUGACUACCAUAGUAGGAAAAAUUGCUUUGUAACUCUUUGUUCAGAAGAUAUUUCGAAGUAUAUGGGAAAGCAAACCGUUUUGGGGCACUUUUGACUACCGUUGUACUUUUUGUACAGAUUUGGAACUACUGGAAGUUGAUUAAAUCAUGACAGAACUUUUAUAUUUGAGUGAACUGUCUCUUUAAAUAGUACUCAGAGUUCUUUAAUCAGCGUUUUUAGUACUAAUUAUUAAAUUAAGUAGCUUUUAAAUAACAAAAUAUUCAAAGCAGUGUACAGCACACUCAUACAGGGACGGCCACUCCGACAUAACCUGUGGUUAAAUGCUUCUCUUACUUCCUCAUUCAUUACCUUUAUGAUAUGUUUACCUAACAGUCAGUCUAUACGCUUUAUGUGAUUGUUGAUACACAAGAACCCACAGCUGUAAUUGAUAUUUCCAAACAUUGGUUACUGAGUAAUUGACUGCGCUAAUGUUUAACGUGUUUUACAAGUUUUUCACAGCGUUUUCCUCAAGGUAAUAAGGAUGAUGCAGCAUGUCCUGUUUGUUCCUCAGGCCAAGCCGGACUUAGAGGAGGGACGUCAGACCCCUCCCCGUCUCGUUCACUUUCACGCCGGCCACUGGCAGCUGUUGCCCACCCAUCUGAAUGCUUCUUUAAAUGUCAGAAGAACGGCUGUUUGUUUGUCUUGGAUUUCUCCCCCGGCUGUUUAUUCAAGAAGGUUUUUAAGUCAUGAUGCAAGAGUCUGGGACAGAGGUGGCAAGCAAUGGAACGGCCAAUCAGAACGGCAUCCCAGCUAGUUUGGAGGGACACCGUGAAGUUCGAUCCAAAAGUGCCACACCUUCUGAAAUCACAGCAUCUGACAUUUUGAACUUUCAUCAACAGCAGGCCUUACAAGUUGCUCGGCAGAUCCUUCUCCAGCAACAACAGCAAAGCAGCGCCCACAAGUCCCCCAAAAACAAUGAUAAGCAGCCUGGGCAACAGGUCCCAGUUUCUAUUGCUAUGAUGACACCACAGGUCAUAACUCCUCAACAGAUGCAGCAGAUCCUCCAACACCAGGUUUUGAGCCCCCAGCAGCUCCAGCUGUUACUGCAGCAACAACAAGCACUGAUGUUACAGCAGCAGCAACUUCAGGAGUUCUACAAGAAACAGCAAGAACAGCUUCACCUUCAGCUCAUCCAACAGCAGCAUGGCACCAAGCUCCAUAACAAAGAGCAGGUGUCUGCGCAGCAGCUGGCCUUUCAGCAGCAGCUCCUCCAGGUUCAGCAGCUGCAGCAGCAGCAUCUUCUGAGUCUGCAAAGGCAAGGUCUGCUGUCCAUUCAGCCUAACCAGACUCUGCCCCUUCACUCCCUUACUCAGGGCAUGAUUCCAGCUGAACUACAGCAGCUGUGGAAGGAGGUUACAAACUGCCACGUGAAGGAGGAGAACAGCAUCACCAAUAACGGCCACCGGGGUCUGGACCUGUCGUCGCAUUCCCCCGUCCCUCUUAAAAACAUCAACCAGCAUGGAUCCACCAACGGCCAGUACGGCAGCCACACGCUCAAGAGAGAGAGUUCAACGUUGGAUGAUCAUUCUUCCCACAGUCAUCCCCUCUAUGGUCACGGCGUCUGCAAAUGGCCAGGAUGUGAAGCGGUCUUCGACGAUUUUCAUUCGUUUUUGAAACACCUGAAUAAUGAACAUGCUCUGGAUGACAGGAGCACGGCGCAGUGUCGGGUACAGAUGCAAGUAGUUCAGCAGCUGGAACUGCAGUUAACAAAAGACAAAGAGCGUCUCCAAGCCAUGAUGACACAUCUGCAUGUGAAGUCCACAGAGCCCAAACCCACCCCACAGCCACUGAACCUGGUUUCCAAUGUUACCCUGUCCAAGACGGCUCCCUCAGCCUCUCCGCCCCUCAGCCUACCCCAGACACCCACCACCCCGACAGCACCCCUUACACCGCUCUCCCAAACCCACUCCGUUAUCACCCCCACCAACCUGCACAAUGUGGGACCCAUGCGGCGACGCUACUCGGACAAGUACAACAUGCCCAUUUCUCCAGAUAUUGUCCAGAACAAAGAGUUCUAUAUGAACGCUGAAGUACGACCUCCUUUCACAUAUGCUUCGUUAAUACGACAGGCAAUACUAGAGACACCAGAUAAACAGCUAACACUAAACGAGAUCUACAAUUGGUUCACGCGGAUGUUUGCGUAUUUCAGACGCAACGCAGCAACGUGGAAGAACGCAGUGCGACAUAACCUUAGUCUUCACAAGUGUUUUGUGCGGGUAGAGAACGUUAAAGGGGCGGUAUGGACCGUCGACGAACUAGAGUUCCAAAAGAGAAGGCCACAAAAGAUCAGUGGAACUCCAGCUCUUGUUAAGAACAUUCAUACCACUUUGGGAUAUGGUCCCGCCCUUUCUGCAGCCUUCCAGGCUUCAAUGGCAGAGAACAACAUACCUCUAUACACUACCGCUUCCAUCGGAAGUCCCACUCUUAACUCGCUUGCCAGCGCCAUCAGAGAGGAAAUGAAUGGGGCCAUGGACCACGGGAACAGCAACGGUAGUGACAGCAGCCCUGGACGCUCGCCCCUGCCAGCUAUGCAUCAUAUCAGCGUUAAAGAAGAGCCACUGGACCCAGAUGAACACGAAGGCCCCCUCUCCCUCGUGACGACAGCCAAUCACAGUCCAGACUUUGACCACCACAGAGAUUACGAUGACGACCACGUGAACGACGACAUGCUGUAAGCCUGGUUUCUCCCAGGUCCUCUGCCGACGAGGCCAAACUAACUGCGGUCACCUGCGAGACCACUCCAGAUAUAGCAAGCCCAAGACUGGAUUCACAGUACUCCUGUUGACAGCUAUUCAAAUGUUACUCUUAGUGCCAUUAAAUACGAAAUACGUGAUAAGAAAAAUCGAUUCCGUUUGGAAGUAUUUUUGAUUUGUUUCUACUUUACGGUUGAAAGACAUGUGUAAAUUUCUACUCGUCACUUGACGAAGAGACGUUUGGUACUGGGGGCCUGCUUCUACUUCCUUUUGGCAUCUGAGACCAGAGCGGACAUUGAAACACAGCUGAGAAAGACUGGCUCAUCGCCCUCUGAGUCGAAUAAACACUGAUCAGAACUGCAAAGCACACACACACAAAUCAUUAUCGCUCGGAGCUUGCCACUCACAAGGUGUGCGUGUACGGAUGUGACUUUAAUUCAAUGUCUCGGCGUUCUUAAAGGGAUAGUUCACCCAAAAAUGAAAAUUCUGUCAUCAUCACCCUCUUGUUGUUGUUGUUUUGUGAAACACAACAUUUUUAAUAAUGUACUUACUCUCCAUUUAAUGAAAGUGAACUUCUCAAGUCACUUGCAACUGAAAAAUCCUGAUAUCCACCUUGGUCUUCUUGGCACGUUCAUUUCUUUUUAGUGAAUCUGCACACAAAACUGCUAGGCUGAGCAAGUAUCGACCAGAAUUUCAUUUGCGGACGAAUUGUCCCUUUAAGUUCGCUUCUGUCACAGCUGGAAGAUGUCUGUCUGGAGGUUUGAGGGUUCCUGGGCAAAUAAUUUAGGCGUAGUGUCCUCUCAUUGCUCUGUGCUGUUCGCUAUAUAUCCUUUUGUUGGGUUUGCUUGUUUUUGGUAACUGAUCAGACCUCAUGAAUAAUAAUGUGGAGUUUAUGGUGUGCUUAGCACUGGAUGAAUGUGUAAUAAGGCUUAUUUCCUCAUGCUAUUUUUCCUCUUGCUUUCCUUAAAAAUCAAAACGGAAUGUUGCAUUACCAUGUAGUAUUUUUCUGUCAUUUGUUCCUUGUGUUUCGGACGGCCACAGUCACAUUGCCCUUGCGUGCGGACACACACAAAGACACACACACACAACGUCCCCCUGCAUGCAUGCGGACACACACAAAGACACACACACACAACGUCCCCCUGCAAAUGCACUACCCGUAAUGAAGGCUCCCUCUCCACGCACCAAUGAAGUUUAAUUUGCCCACGGAAUAAAUGACAGAGAAAUCACGUUUAUCGUUAUGAAAUUAUACUUUCAAAAAUCCCCUUUCGUGGUGAUGCGCGUAAGCGUCAACCGAAUCACAAAUCAAAAGCAUCUAUAUUAUAAAAUACAAAUGUCAAAGCAGAGAGAUAAUUGUUAGACAGGAAGCUAAUUGUGAUUUUUAAACGUUGUUGUUGCCGUAUUUUUCCCUUUUGUAUUUCACAAAUUAUUGGACAACUGCAUUCCUUGUAGUUUGAGUGUCUGUUUUAGCACGUCAAUGACUGUUUCAUCCUCUCUGUUAUUACAGAUUAUUAAUAAUUACACAUGAGAUAAAAGGUUAAAGGGAUUUUAAACAAAGGCUGAUGUUACAGCCAUGACCACUGAGCAUUACAGCACUGGGGCAGCCCACUUUGACAUCCACUUCAUCACUUUGGAAACGCUUGUUUCCAGCUGGUUGUUCCAGGCGAGUCGAACCCGGGAAGCAAGUCAGAAUUGAAAGCUGCUGCCAGCUCGAUGUUGGGAUUGCGCAGAGAUUAGAAAGAGUUUAGAUUAGAGCUUUGUCCAUUUUUUUUUAAGAACUGCAACCACUUUCUUUGUUCUUAUUUAUUACUUCCAUCGUUUGUCUUUUGUUUUUACAAGUCGCUAUUUUGUCUCUUAUCUGUGACUACCAAAGAUACAAGAUACUACAUAUUAUUUUGUGUUCCAUGCAAUAGCUAAACAAAAAAGGCCAAAUAUGUGUAGUGUUCCCCGCACCGGCUGAGCGCAAAAGUUAUGAAAUGUUUCGGGCUUAUUGUGAACCGGUGAAAAAAGCCAAAGGGGUUGUUCGACGGGCAGCUGUUUGUCUUCGCCUCUGACCAAAAUAGGAGAGAUGGAGACCAACACAUGACCAAAUCAAAGCAAUGUUGUCUUUGGGCCAAUGAAAAGGAAAAAGGGAGUGUUCUGUCGUGAAAUGAUGGCUAUAAAGGAGGAGGACAUGGAUGAAAGAGUUUAGAACUGUAUUCACUGUCGUCACACGAUAUUUAAAUCCAGAAAGGGAAAAGCAUUUGCAUAACACAAUGUGAACAGAACUUCAAACUGGACCACACAAUGAUAGCUCGAUUUGUUCUCAUGCCUUUUUUUAUGUUGCCAUUUUAUUCUUUGAAAACGAUUGUAUGCCACUUACCUUGUAAAUCCACAACAGGAUUCCCGAUGUCCUUUGUUAUCCUUGGCAAUGCUUUAUGAUUGUGAUUUAGUGUCUGUCAACUUAUUACUUUUUUAUAUUAAAAAACACUCCUGUCAACCAAUAAGCUGGGUACAAGGUACUUUUAUGGUAGUGAAUAAUGUGUAAAUUUAUCCAAGUGUUUUUUAACGAAAAAAGUGGAAUCAAACAUCCAGGCAGCUGUGGGUCAGUGGGAAGCGAUUGAAGCUCGGUGGAUGGCUGUCUCGGAUUGGUUAAUUGUUAUUCUCGAGCAGGCAAACGAGACCACUCACCGCAUGUGUAGCUCGGAAUUACUGAAGAAAUACAGCAUGAGAAACUGUUAGUACGCAUACCUCAGUUCAAACCUUAUAGGGAAUGAGUAAAUAAAUGAUAUAACAUUUCACUCAGUUGCACUUAGUUGUAUGUCUUGCAUGUUUAGUCUAAAACUGUAGCGAACUAUUUUAAGAAAAAGAUUUUAAAAAAUAUAUAAAAAUCAGAGCUUGUUAAUCAUUGGGGGGUUUCUUUGUUUUCUUUCUUUUAAGCCAAACCUCAGGAUUUUUUAUCUCCAAUCGGCUUGCUUCGAUAUCAAUUUACUUUUAUUGCUCUUUUUUUCUUCCACAUUUACAGUAAACUGUUUCCAAGACUCUCUGCUGUUUUUGUUGAAGUAGGUUGUACAUACACCACUUUAUAGCCUUUCUGCUUUUCUCAUUUUUCUUUUCAAAGAACAAGAAUACUGUUUGUAUCACCAUGUUUGCUUUAUCACAACUGCUUUGUAUUUACUAUUAAAAAAACGACGAAAACACACA